CGCUUUCAGUUAAUUGUGAGCGGACGAGCGAGAUAGGACCGGCUGCACGUCGUACUCAGUACCGAACACCGUCCCAGUUUUCACGCGGUAUUUCGCUCCGAGGUCCCGUCCGCGGUCAGGGCGCCUAUCGAUCAGGGGACCGCUCGUGACGCAAAACACUUGUUGCUCCUCUUCAGUGAGAGAGAUCGACCUGGAAUAAAAGUUCGGAUCGACUUCGUCGCGUUUCCAGUCGUGAAUCCGAGUCGAGACUUUUAUCAGACGAUCUGACGGACGUUCGCUUCGUCGGCCGGACCACGUCUCCCCAGCGGCGCCCCCCCUCGCUCCGACCAGCUAUUGAUUUCUAUUCUAACCUGCGAGGCGAUCCCUCUCCGGUCUAACCCCGUUCCCAGCCGAGAUCGACCGGAGGAAUAGGUCUCUGGCUGCUUGACGGACAACAUGGACAAGAAACACGGCAAGGACCCCGCGGACGCAACCGCCUCCGGCACCAACCCUCACUGAUAUGGAUAUAAUAGAUCCGAUGUGCAGGUGGUGCUUAUAAGUGAUCUGCUGACUAAACCCGGAUAUAAACCUACCAUAAUGCUGACUCGGAGGCUGUGAUGAGACACAACCAGCCAUUACUUCGAUAUUGCCAUCGACUUACCUUUGCCUGUAUGGUACUCGACGACAAGAUGCAUUUCUAUUACAAAUCUCCUGUUUGGCGCACAUUGCUAAAUCUGCUUGGUUAUGAAGGAGGAACCAGUGGAGAAGGAGGACGCCUAUUAGAGGGAGGCAACGCCGCUAGUAGGCCCUCUGAAAUAAGGCAAAGACACAUUGCAAUGGCUACCUUAGGAAGUGAUAACAUUGCCAGUCCAACUGACAGUGUCAUAAAAAUUAGCCCGCCAGCUAUUCGACCAGAAGACGAUGAAAAGGAGACAUUCAUGAGCAUAUUUUUUCAAGUAGUUGCACCACUUUUUGUUGCCGGAGUGGCCAUGGUCGGGGCUGGAAUAUAUUUGGAUACAGUUCAGCAUUGGAAGGUUUUCGAAGAAGUACUGGAGAUCAUUAUCCUAGUGCCUGCUCUUUUGGGACUAAAAGGAAAUCUAGAAAUGACGUUGGCAUCACGUCUGUCGACAGAAGCAAACUUGGGUAAAAUGAAUGACCCAAAAGAACAAUGGAACAUGAUAUUUGGAAACUUGUGUCUUGUGCAGUGCCAGGCAGUGGUUAUUGGUUUGCUUUCAUCAGUAGUCGCAAUUCUGUUAGUAGUAGUCUUUCAUCACAAGAUAAAUAUUAGCCAUGCCAUAAUGGUCUGUGCAUGCAGCAUUACUACUGCGUCUAUUGCGAGCUUCCUUUUAGGUCUCGUUACUGUGGGCAUUGUUGUUGGUUCUAUGUAUUUUAAAAUCAACCCUGAUAACGUGACCACACCGAUUGCAGCAAGUUUGGGAGAUAUCACCUCAUUAGUAUUAUUAUCCUAUAUUGCAACAGGUUUCUAUCAUACAUUAGAUGAAUAUCUGUGGGUGCCAGUUAUAGUGAUAAUUGGAUUUCUAGUUUUAAUGCCCGUCUGGGUGUAUAUUACAGCAAAUAACAAUUACACUAAACAUGUGUUGACUACAGGCUGGAGUCCAAUUAUUUCAGCAAUGCUAAUAAGCACUGUUGGUGGGCUCGCUUUAGGACAUUUUAUUAAAGAGUACAAAACGCUGACGGCUUUCCAACCUGUAAUUAACGGAAUCGGUGGAAACCUGGUUUCUAUUCAAGCUAGUCGUUUAUCAACCGCCCUUCAUAAAUACGUUUCCUUAGGAGAAUUACCAGAAGGGACAAAAAUAUUAAUCUCACCAAUAAAAGUAUUCACCUCUAAAGGUUUACAUGCUCUCACCAGUAGAGUACUAAUAUCAUUAGUCGUACCUGGACAUGUAGUGUUUGCGUUUGUUAUUACAUAUUUGCAGACAGGUAAUUUCUCUCCGGGAUCCCUGUUCCUUUCACUUUAUUUGGGUGCAGCACUUCUACAGGUGACAAUCCUCUUGUUUUUGGCUUAUAUUUUAACACAUUACUUUUGGAAGCAAGGAGUCGAUCCUGACAACACGACAAUUCCAUACCUGACUGCAUGCGGAGAUCUACUAGGAAUUAUACUGUUAGGCUUAGUUUAUAAGUUUUUAGAGCUCAUCGGAGGAAAAGAAAAUCAAGCUCUUUAAUUGAAUAAAAUAACUGUGAUCAAUAAUUGUUUUACUAAGG